GCACCUUUUCGUUUCGUCCCCUUCAAGUCUUUUUUUCCCCCUUACCAACACUCACAUUGAGAUUUCCAUCAACUGCUAUCACACAACCUGUCAACAUCACUGCAUACUCACCUUCAGCCUUCAGCAUUUACACGAGCAUCUUCAUCCCGAUUCACCUUUCCCGUCAUCCACUUUACUUCAACCGCAAUCAUGGUCCUUGAGAUGCCCAACCGUAACCGCAACCGCAACCGCGACCGCGACCGUAGUGACAGUCGUAAUCGCAGCGACAGUCUUGACCGUGAUAAUAACCGUCGCGGCCGCGACACCUACGAGCACACCAUCAACCCGACUCUGAUCUUCGGUCUAGAUCGCCUCCGUGAUGGCCUCGAGCUUGUCUACGGCCGCAACGCCUUCACUGUCGUCGGUGACAUUAUGCAGUUUACCGUCCGGGUCCAUCUUCCCAUGCCUGAGAACUUGGUCGCGCGCCUUCAGGAUGAGGGCUUUCUCCGUCGCGAGCCAGUCGAAGUUCUCCCUAAGACUGUGAAGGAUCAAAUCAAGGCAAACGGUUGGUACCAGAUGCGGCCUUAUGAUCAGGAGGAGCCUUAUUAUGGGUAA